AUGGCGUCGCAGGCAGCACCAGCAAAGAGACAACAAGACCUUCAACUGCAGUACACCACUUACAAAAACACACUGCAGCAGCUUGCGCAGAAAAUUGGCGAUGUUGAGCAAGAGGCUGAAGAGCACAAACUUGUUCUUGAAACCCUGGAACCGCUCCCGGCGGAUCGCAAAUGCUUUCGCAUGAUCAACGGAGUCUUGGUGGAGCGGACUGUCAAGGAUGUGGUCCCUGCUCUCAGGACAAAUGCCGACGGUCUGAAGAAGGUCCUUGAUGAUCUUGUCAAGCAGUACAAGGCUAAACAGGACGAGCUUGAGAAGUGGAAGAAGAAGAACAAUGUCCAAGUUGUGCAGUCAUGA